UUUUUUUUUUUUUUUUUUUUUUUGUCAGUCUUGCUGAAUGGGUGUAAUAAGGUUUGCGUCUAUUUUUAAAUAGAAAAAGGGGGGAGGGGCUUGGUAAUUAUAGUUUAAAACAUUAAUUUAAUUUCGACCUUUUCUUUUUUGGAUAUCAAAACACGAAUUAUGAGAAACUUCAACUCUUUACCUCUUGAAAUCUGGAAUAUCAUUCUAUCGCAUGCUGGAGAGUCUGUUAAAGAUGCUCGAUUGAUGGCUGUUAAUAAGCAUUGGUACAAUAUUUUUCUAUCGGCCACCUUUACCGAUCCCUGUGUAUCUCUAGAUGGUAAAUGCUCUACAUAUGAUUCUAUUAUAAACUCUCCCUUUCAACCAGGACAAUGGGCAAAAGCAAUCACCUUUCAACGUUUUAAAAUGGAGGAUGAUCUAACCCAAGUAAAACUUUAUGCUUUAAUGAUACAUACGCCCCAUGUUGUACAUGUAGCAUAUAGUUCAGAUGAACCAAUCUAUGCGCAAGACUGGAGCUAUUUCUAUACGGUAUUGAGAAUGGCAAACGUCUGGAAUUUAUAUCGUUUACCUAAAGAGUGGUAUUGGACAAGCAGGAAUAUUCAUUUGAUUUAUCCGAUUUAUUUAAAAUGCGCAGAACAUCUGAAGCACUCGCUUACUUCACUACGCUUGAUUAAAGAAGUCUUACCAAUGAAUUUCGAUUUUAGUUUUUUCCAUAGAUUUACCGCAUUAACUUCUUUGGACAUUAAAAAAGGCAUUCUUAAAAAUGUAUACGAUUUAGAUACCCUACUGCAACAUACACCUCAAUUGGAAACUCUCACGGUAGAUUUCAAAGGCACAUGUUUUGUAUCAGAUCGACAACGCAAUGGCGACGAUAACGGAAAAUUGAUGAGUGGAGUGUAUCACAACAUAAAAACGCUUAUAUUUACAAACUUUAUAUUUCAAAAGGACAACCGAGUAAGCAUGCUUUAUACCAAUUUCACAGGUCUUCGAAAUAUACAUAUUCAGUGUGCUCAAAGCAUCCUCGCCUUAAAGAAGCCAGAAACAUCAAAACGGUUUUUCAAGAUGCUCGCAUCACUUUUUUGGUUCAAAAUUACAUUUUCUGGAGAUACUAUUGAUAUUGUGUCAGAUUUUAUAAACGAAAAUUGUCAACAUAAAAUGCAUGCAUCUGUAUUCAACACCACAUCUACUAGUGAAUCAAUCACCCUCAGUGGAGUAAAUAUUGGCAUCCGGCAGCCAAUAAGGAUAGAUUAUUCUUUGUAUGCCAUCCACACAAUCAGACAUAUUUUUUCGAACUUGGGUCAAAACAUACAACAACUUGAUUUCAAUUUGUUGAAAGGGCAGGAAGCUGUGCUGUACAUGAAUACCCUUUUUAGUAACCAGCACGAAAACUUACGCUCUGUUACAUUCUAUAAAUUUGAACUCACAAGGUCUGGCAUAGAAGAUGACACAAAUACAGGCUACACCCAAAAUAUAACGUUUGAGGAAUGCAAACUUUCUAGACAAGCUCUCCGUUUGUUUUCACCGCGCUUUGCAACAUUAGACACGGUAAAUAUCAACGGUUGCAACUUUGAGGGAUCGGGUGAUGUUCCUUGGUUAAAUAUUACAAUGCCAAAGACCGAUAUUCGCAAACUAUGUAUAUCGUCUGACCCUACAUUCCCCUGCAACCUUUUCGAUUUAAAUUCUAGUAAUAAUGAUGAUGAUGAUGACAAAUUAUCCAAUCAGCAUAAUAUUCCAAGUACUUUUCCUUUAAUUUCAAUCACUCUAGCUGAAGAGGGUGGAGAUGUAACAAGAUAUUACUAUACAAGAAAUGAAGAGACACCAACCGUUGUAGAAACAACAAGAACACAAUUCUUUCUACUUGCUCGAGAUAUACCAUUUAAAGUUCUUAACAAAAUUGUAUGCGUCCACGUCAAGUCUAUCCGGGAACUUUCUUUAAAAUUAACCAGUGAUCGAUCAAACGAUAUUCAGAUGGUUUUCUAGUACCCCCGCGAUACUACUUAUCAUAAAAACUCGAAUAAAACACAAGUUAUACAAAAAAAAAAAAACUAACAUCAAUCAAAUAUGUUCUUCUUGAAGCAUGGAAGAGUCAAGUAAAGGGCUA